CCUCACAGUUCACUGUGUCCAGCAUGAGUCUUAAGGCUUUACGGACUUUCUCUCAUAUCAUCCCAACACAUUUACUAGGGAAUUCCGCAGCGGGCUCUUGUUGCCAUGGCACAAUGCAGAGGAUUCAAGCAGCUCCUUGGAUUUGUGGGAUCCAUGUUUCUCUUUGCAUUGUCCUUUUACCACUUGGACAUGUCACACAACAGCCAAGAGGAGAGGAUCCAUGAGAUGCAGGAGGUGAGGAAGCAGCUGAUGAGAGACACAUGUGCCGGGGACAAGGAGACAUUCAAACACCGUUUAGAAGACAUCAGCAACAAAAAGCUGGAGAACCUCAUUGUGGACGACAAACACGGCAUCAUCUACUGUUACAUUCCCAAGGUGGCGUGCACCAACUGGAAGAGAGUGAUGUUUGCCCUGACCCAGGACGAGCCCUAUCCUGACCCUGUCUCCAUAUCUGUUGACUUUGUCCACCUCCCCGACACUCUGCCUCUCCUCAACAGCUUCCCAAGACCAGAGAUUAGGGUCAGUCCACACAAUGACCAAUCAAAAGGGUCUAACAAUCACAACCAGGAAGCUUUAACUUUUUGUUUUUUACUACAGGCCAAGUUGAAGCAAUACACAAAGUUCCUGUAUGUCCGGGACCCAUUUGUGCGUCUCAUCUCCGCCUAUAGAAGCAAGUUCCAGCACCCCAAUGAGUACUUCUACAAAGAAUAUGGCCGGCACAUUCUGCGCCUGUAUGCAAACCAGACUGACCCUCCACUGACCCUUGACGAGGCCAACGCAUCCGGGAUGAGAGUCUCAUUCCAGAACUUCAUCCAGUACCUGCUGGACCCGCUGACGGUGAAGAAGGAGCCUUUUGAACCCCACUGGAGGCAGAUGCAUCGCCUGUGCCACCCUUGUCUUAUAAAGUAUGAUUUUGUGGGCCAUCAGGAGACUCUUCAGCAGGACGCCACACAGCUGCUGAAGAUCUUAAUGCUGCAGGAAGACAUCAGGUUCCCUCCUUCCUAUGAAAACAUGACCACAUCUGCUUUUCUGUUAGACUGGUUCAGCACAGUGCCCCUAGAGGACAGGAGGAAGCUGUACACGCUCUAUGAGGAGGACUUCAGGAUGUUUGGCUACAAAAGGCCUGAAAAACUACUGGAUGUUUGAGAGGAAGUCACCACUAACUCAGUGCUGAGUACAGAACAAUCUCUAAAGGACAUGACGAAUACUCAAACACCUCAAAUAAACUUGUUUAAAGUAUUGUGGUUAUUUAAGGGGAUUUUUUCUUGUAAAUAAAACCUAUUCACACCAGUUUGGAGAAAUCUUUCUUAAGAGGUUUAAAGAAAAUGCCAGGAGGUGGGUAGAAAAUAAGCAAAUCCAAAACACAAGAUAUACUUCUACUCAA